AUGACAGCAGCUGCAGCAUCUGCCUUCUCGGCUGGUAGCUCGACGUCGAGCAGCGGCUUCGACUUUUCCAACUACUCGCGCAAUACGUUCCUGUCCACUCAGGGUCUCGGAGGCUUCACCGCCACUUCCACGGGUACCACCAUUGUGGGCUGCGUCUUCAAGGAUGGUGUCGUUCUCGGCGCCGACACGCGUGCUACCGAGGGUCCCAUCGUCGCCGACAAGAACUGCGAAAAGAUCCACUACAUCGCAGACAACAUUCGGUGCUGUGGAGCAGGCACUGCGGCGGAUACCGAGUUUGUCACGCAGCUCAUUUCGUCCAACAUGCAGCUGCACGAGCUGCACACGGGACGUCAGCCGCGUGUAGUUACGGCGAUGACCAUGCUCAAGCAACGCUUGUUUCAGUAUCAGGGCCAGAUCGGGGCGGCGCUGGUGCUGGGAGGGUACGACAGCACGGGUCCGCACCUGUUCACCGUCGCACCGCACGGAUCAACCGACAAGCUGCCCUACGUGACCAUGGGUUCCGGAUCCUUGGCUGCAAUGGCCGUGUUCGAGAGCGGGUGGGUCAAGGACAUGGAGCGCGCAGACGCGAUUCAGCUCGUGGCUGCGGCUAUCAGCAGCGGUAUCUUCAACGAUCUCGGCAGUGGAAGCAACGUCGACGUCUGUGUCAUCGAGAAGGGCAAGACAGAGUACCUGAGGAACUACGAGACCCCCAAUGAGAGGGUGCAGAAGGAACAGAGGUACCAGUUCCCAAGAGGUACGACCGCGUGGACCAAGGAGCAGAUCUACGACAUGAUCAGGAAGGAGGACGUGCUGGAAGUCGGCAAGGAUGCAGCGACGCCGGUGGUUGCGGCUGCGGGAGAGGAGAGGAUGGAUACCUCGUAG